AUGUCUGCGGUUGAAAGGAAGAAGACUGUUGUCAUAACUGGCUGUGCCCCAGGAGGAAUAGGAAAUGCCCUAGCCAGGGAGUUCCACGCCAAUGGACUACACGUUAUUGCCACAGCGCGUUCCAGGAGCGCCAUUACAGACCUGGAGGAUAUCGGUAUGACAACAGUCAGUUUAGAUGUCACGAGUGAAGAAAGUAUUGCUAUGGCGCGGAAGGAAGUUGAGGAAUUGGUUCAGGGGCGGGGGCUGGAUAUGCUCGUCAACAACGCCGGCCGCAAUCUCACUCUCCCUGCCCUGGACGUCCCCCUCUCCGAAGCCCGCCUUACCUUCGAAACCAACUUCUUCGCCGUCGUCGCCAUAACCCAAGCCUUCACACCCCUCCUCAUCACCGCCUCCCCCUCUCUAAUCCUCAACAUCGGCUCCGUUGCUGCAAUUGUUCCCUACGUGUUUGGAUCCGUAUACAACGCUUCCAAGGCUGCACUUCACGCAUACUCUAAUACCCUGCGUCUUGAACUCGAACCCUAUGGCGUGCGUGUUAUGGUCGUCGUUACGGGGGGUGUGAAGAGUAGGAUUGCGAGGACGGAGAGGGUGCUACCGGAGGGUAGCUUAUAUACGGCUAUAGAAGGCGAGUUUGAGAGGAGGGUUAGUCAUAGUCAAGAGGAGGCCAUGGAUACGGUCGAGUAUGCGAGGGGGGUUGUGAGAGAGGCAUUGAAGAGUGCACCGAAAAAGUGGUUCUGGAGGGGGAAUAAGGCGGGCAUCAUUGAAUUUGUGCAUCGGUGGUUGGGUGGUUGGGUUUUUGACCUGGUGUUGCCGAGGAUGUUUGGGCUGGUUAAAUUGAGAAGGAUGUUGGCAGGGAAGGGAGAGAGGAAGGGUGUGUAA